AAUUACUUCAUUCUUAGAUAAGCAGUGCAAGGAGUUCCCUUUUUUUGCCGCACUGCUAUAAAACUGACAAAAUGAUGUAACUGAAACUUUGUUUGCCGUUCAUAAACGACAUGAAAGCGUCUUUGGGUUUUCUGCUCGCGUUUAUACUCGGGGUGCAAUGUGGCAGAUCCUUCGUCCCCACUACCGGCCCUGAAGCUGACUGUCUCAAGGAACAAAAUCUGAAAUUAUCGGAUGUUGAGCCCGAAAUUCAUAUAGUUUCAGAUGUCAACAAUGAGGUAGUCGGUCGGUUUUUUGUGUGCGUUUGGAAGAAGAGGGAGAUUUUUAAGACGAAUGGCGAAAUCAGCGGUGAGGGUAUAUACCGACGUUUUGCUGAAAUUUUCAAGAACGUUCAUUUGUCUGAAAGCAUCCAACUGGAGAUGAAAGAUGCGUUUAAUGAGUGCACAAAACUGAGGGAUAACACGGAUUGGAUAUUGGCGAAUAAAGUUAAAAACUGUAUAUUUCAUGCGGUUCAGAGUAGACCACACUUGCCUCGCCCUCAACCAGAAAAUUAAGCUCUCUGAUGAGUUACAUGAACAAAUAAAUACGCAGUAAUCUUUAGA